AAGGAGGAGAGGAAGGAGGUGCGGGUCCCCUGGUGCUCACCCCAGGGCUCUAGAUUUGGGGGCGCAGGUGACGACAGCCCUAGUCCGCGGUUGUCCCCGGGGCCGCUCCUACCUGAGCUCCCCGGCUCAGUGGCCAAGGACUAUAAGGAAAUGGCUCAGCAGACCAGGCCUCCCUAGAACUGAGCCGAAGCCACCCAGCCAAGCCACGGACUGGACCUGCCAGCAGCUGAGGGCCGAAAGAGAGGAGCACAGACGGCCGGGGACCCUGGACCCUAAGCGCGCGCACACACAUCCAGCACACAGGUACACAGACAAACACAUACAAAGACCCCCCCCCCCACAUACACACAAAAAAAGACUCGCAACUGGACCCUCAUACACACUGGCAUUUGUCCACUGACCUCCACAGGAAUUCAUUCUCUCGCUCUCCCCCCCCACCCUUCCCCCCCACAAACACACAGCCCGACACCCACUGACACAAGCAUACCUAAUGCAUACAGACAGACUGACACAGAACCACACAGCAGUACACAGACCUACAGAAGCACACGCAUUUGCACAUCCACACACAUCAGGACACAGAAACCCACAGACAGAGGGAGAGCCUCACAUACAUACGGGCACAUAUAAAAGGCUCACUGCUGGAUACACACCCUGGCAUCUGCACUCUCCUCUCACACUGCCCACACACUUGUCCCCCCACACCCUCAGACACACACACACACACACACACACAUACACACACUGCUCGGACUCCGCACAGCCCGUUCCUUCCUGCAGCUGCCUCUAUAGCUCUGAGGCAGGGAAAGCUCAGACGACCUUGGUAGGAGCUGGAGCCGCUGGGAGGCGGGGAGGCUGGGCUAGACUGGCAUGACCCCUGCCUCCCUCUCCCCCGGCUGAGGGAUGUCCAUGGAACCUGGCUUCUGGAACCCGGAUCUUCCCGCGGCUGCUGACUUCCUCCCCGGUGCACCCCGGAACGUGGGGGACCAUGGAACCAUCAGUGGGGGGGCCACUCCCAGCGCGGCAGGCCCGGGCCCUGGAGCGGAUGGCCUCUGGAGCUCCUGGGGGGCCCUGGUCAGCAGAACCUGGAGGCUCUGUUCCGAUCUCCCUUUCUCUGGCUGGUGGUGUGGUCCCUGGAGUGGAACAGGGUGAUGAGGGGGCCCUGGUGCCUGAGCCUGCAGGCGACACGGUCUGCCUGGUGCCCAAGGGCUUGGAGGUGACAGUGGAGCCUGGGGAGGGCCUUCCCUUCGGCCCUGGGCAGACACUGGGGUCCCCCAGGGACCAGAAGCCACAACACAUGGAGCAGGAGGGCAACUCUAAGGCCGGGCUGGAUGCAGACUGUGCGGGGAGACAGAAGCUGGAACUGCUACAGGUGCUGGGGGAACUGGAGCGUCGCUAUGCUGCCCUCAAAGAGGAGAACCAGAGGCUGCGUAAUAGCAGUUUUCCGGAGACGGAGGAGAAGGUGAGGCAGCUCAAACGGAAGAACGCAGAGCUGGCGGUCAUUGCCAAGAGGCUGGAGGAGAGAGCCCGCAAGCUACAGGAGGCCAAUCUGCGUGUGGUCGGGGUGGCAGGGCCGGGGGCCGGGGCCAGCUUGGAGCUGUGCAGGAAGGCAUUUGUGCGGCAGCGAGCCCGGGACCUCAGCGAACAGGCGAGCGCCCUCCUGGCCAAAGACAAGCAGAUCGCCGCCCUGCAGCGCCAGUGCCGUGAGCUGCAGGCCAGACUGGCAGCGGGCAAGGAUGGUUCCCAGUGGCAGAACCUGAGGGCCUCUGACCAGCGGCUGCGGGAGGCCCAGAAGGAGGUGCUGAGGCUUCAGAGACAAAUCGCCCUGAGGAACCUGAAGGAGCCCCAGGCCCUCCGGCCCAAACUCUCGAGCUCUGCUGGGCCCCACGAGCUCCUUCCCCGGGUCCUCACCCAGGCCCCAAGAACUACUGAUGAGGUGGUCUCCCUGCUGGGCUCCGAGCUCAAGGGCAAUGUGGACUUUUCUGUGGAGGCCGCAGUAAACGAGUCAGAGAGACAGUGGCAUGUCCAGCAGUUGGAGUCUGAACUUGGCAAGAAGCGGAAGAAAUGUGAGACGCUUGAGCAUGAAGUGAGGAAGAAGCAGAAGCGAUGUGAGGAAUUGGAACUGCGAUUGCGGGAGGCUCAGAGCGAGAAUGCCCGGCUGGUGGAGGAGAACUUUCGGCUCAGCGGGAGGGCCGUGUGGACAGACAAGGGAGAAACAGAGAAUGUGGCGCUCAAGGAAAGGCUUCUGGGGGUGACGGAGGAGCGGGACACAGCUCUGAAGAGGAGCCGGGGACUUCAGAGCAAACUGGAGAACCUUGAGCAGGUGCUGCAGCACAUGCGAGAGGCGGCGGGGCGGCGGCAGCAGCUGGAGCUAGACCAUGCGCAAGCCCGGCUGGGCCUGCAGGAGAAGCAGGAGGAGGUCCGCAGGCUGCAGCAGGCCCAGGUGGAGGCGAGGAAGGAGCACGAGGGGGCCGUGCAGAUGCUGGAGUCUGCACUGGAUUGCAUGCAGGCUCGGGUUCGGGAGCUGGAGGAGCAGUGCCGCAGCCAGUCCGAGCGCUUCGGCCUCCUGUCGCGGGAACUGCGGGCCCUGCGGCUGCUCACGGGCAGCGGUGCGCUGGCCGGGUCCACCGCUGACCUCUUCCCUGCACCCUGCUGCUCCACUCCCCGCCCACAUGGAGACCCCAGGAGCACAGAUGGGCACGAACCCCUACUUUCCCCCCGCCUCGGGACCAGCAAGUCCUCGGAGGACGAGGCCGGACCCGCCGACCCGCCCGCUGACCCACCCACCGAUGCCCCUGUUGGGCCUUCCCGGAAGCUAGUUAAGAAGGCAGAGUCAUUGUCCAACUCCUCCCGCUCCGAGUCCCUGCUCAACAGCCCUAAGUCCUGCCCCACAUCUGAGGUGGACACAGCCAGCGAGAUGGAGGAACUGGACAGCGACAGCAUCUCCCUUCUCCAGGACGCCAGGGGCCCCGGGGCCGCUCAGCUCCAGGUCUUCCUCGCCCGGUACAGUUACGACCCAUUCGACGGCCCCAAUGAGAACCCUGAGGCAGAGCUGCCGCUGACGGCCGGCGAGUACAUCUAUGUCUACGGCCGGAUGGAUGAAGACGGCUUCUUCGAAGGGGAGCUGAUGGAUGGCCGCCGCGGCCUGGUCCCGUCCAACUUUGUGGAGCGCGUGUCGGACGACGACCUCCUGCCCGCAGGCCCGGGAGAGCCAGGCGAGACUUCGCAGAGCUCGGGGCCUCAGCUGAGCUCCCCGGCCGGGGGUGGGGGCGGUGGCAGCAGCAGCGAGCCCCUCGAGCGGGACGACGGCAGCAUCAGCCCAGCCCCUGAGGGAGACGACUCCCUGCCACCUGUGCCCCCACCUUCCCGCUUGGUGGUCCUCCAGCAACUGGCGGACGGCCUGGAGGUGGCCUGGGACGCUCCCCCGAACCCCCUGCAAGGAGGCCCGGUGGCGCAGGGCUACCGCCUGUACGUGGAUGGGCAGCUGCGCCGGUCCCUGGAACCAGGAGCCCCCACCAAGAUCACCCUGGAGGCCCCGGAGCCCCGGGACCGGCCCCACCGCAUCUCGGUGCAGAGCGUGAUGGGCCGGGGCAGUCCGGACCCCCGGCCCUGCCGGGACCCUCCACGCUGCUCGGACCCUCUGCGUUGCUCCCUGCUGGUCGGGCCCGGGGCGGGCCCUGCCCCGAGGCAGCUGGGCCUCAGGCGCCUGACGGCCACCUCGGCUGAGAUCUCCUGGCUGCCCGGCAGCAGCAGCUACGCCCACGGCAUCUUCCUCAACGGGGAAGAGUGCCCGCCCGCCCCACCCGGCACCUACUGGGCCUCCUUCACCAACCUGCGGCCUCGCACCCCGUACCAGGCCCGCGUGGAGGCCCGGCCCCCCGGCACUGGGCCCCGGGAGCUUGGCUGGGAGCGGCGGGAGCCCAGGACUGCCACUGUGCAAUUUACUACCCCUGCGGCAGGCCCUCCGGAUGCCCCCCUGGAUGUCCAGGUGGAGCCGGGCCCUUCUCCGGGCAUCCUGGCCAUCAGCUGGCUGCCAGUGACCAUCGACGCUGCUGGUUCCUCCAAUGGGGUGCCGGUCACCGGCUAUGCUGUCUAUGCAGAUGGGCAGAAGGUCAUGGAGGUGGCCUCGCCCACGGCGGGCAGUGUGUUGGUGGAGUUAUCCCAGCUGCAGCUACUGCGGCGGUGCCAGGCGGUCUGCGUGCGGACCAUGUCCCCCGUUGGCGAGUCUGCUGAUUCUCUUCCCGCACUGAUCCAGGGUCUCUCUGCCCCGGUCCCUGCUGCUCCCUUCUCCGGCUCCUCGCCGGCCACCCCCAGAGUGUCCUGGGCAGACCCCGACCCCGACCCCGCCCCUGCCCCGGGUCCUGGUCUCCGGGCUCAGGGCCUGGUCCCAUUGUCCCACCUUGGGGCCAGAGGGCCGGUGUCUUGCCAGGGCCCAACUGGUCCCCAGAGGGGACCGCCAGGAUCUCAAGACACCCGCUCACAGGAGGAGCAAGGGAACGGCAGUGACGGUGGACUGGCAGAGUCCCCAGAGGGGAGCCGGGGCCGGCCCGGAAACCAGAGGAGUCGUGAUGCAGAGUCCUCCCCGACGGAGCAUGGCCCAGGGGAACGUGUCCCGGAGGAUCCCAGCCCAGGGGAGCCUGGCCCCAGGGACCUCGUUCUGGGGGAGCACCGGCAGGCAUCAGCCACCAGACCACCAGGGCAGAGGAGCCCAGCGAUCCCCAGCGGCCGAGGAGAGGCCGGGCUGAGACCGGGGCCCAGAGGCUGGGCCGAGAAGGAAGAGGCCGUUCAGGAGCUCGGGGCUAGGCUGGCCAACCCCCUCCCUGACCAUGGCCGCAGCUCCGACCUGUCCGACAUCUUGGAGGAGGAGGAGGAGGAGGAGGAGGAAGAGGAGGAGGAAGAGGAGGAGGAGGAACAGGAAGAGCAAGAGGAGCAGAGUUUGGCUCUGGGGCCCCUGGAGCCAGGCGGUCCCUGGGAGGAGGACGGUGGGGGAAAGCUAGAUACCUGCGAGAUGGACAGUGACGAAGAGGCCUUGGAGCUGCUGCCACCCCAGAAAUUCUGUAGCAAGAAACUCUUCAGCAUUCCCGAGGUGGCGGAGGAGGAAGAAGAGGAGGAGGAGGAAGAGGAGGAGGAGGAGGAGAAAGUGAUGGAGCAAACUGGGCUGGGGGAACGACCCCAGGAUUCGCCGCCAGCCCCGCGGCCUUCCUGCCGGGGACUGCGGGUGCCGGGCCUAGGGGUGAUCCAGGCCUGGGAGUCAGUUGGUUCGUGGAGAGCGGACCCGGGGCCUGGCCCUUCUGUCCCAGGGACCCCUGCCCGAGAAGCCACGGCUGAGGAGGAGGAGGAGCUGGAAUGGGGGGGUCGUACUGCCUCCAGAGAACCUCCCAAGGGCAGUCCCCAAGGUGGCCGGGGGCCGGUGUGCGUGACCCGAGGGAUGCUCGCCGGGCAGCCAGAGGGGAGCGGGUGGCAGCCUCUUGGGGGGCAUGAGGACUGUGGCCGUGGGCUUAGGGGGGCCACCCGGGCCAGGGGAGGGCCCUGGCGGGAGAAGGGGGACCUGCUGGCUGGUGAAGAAGUGAAGGCCGGGGCAGAGACGACCGAUAGGGCUCAGCCGGGCCCGUCAAAGAGGGGGCCCCGCAGCUCCGGCCCCGCACCCCCCAGAUUCUCCAGCAACUCCGGCCCCCUCUGUCUGGAGAUGGGUAUCGAGUACGAUUCGGAGGAGGAUGGCCUGGAGUCCGGCUUGGAGCCUGGCGUGCUGCUUCCCCGGGCCCGGGGGACCCAGGAGGGCCUGGUGCCCGAGCGGGAGGACCGGCCCCAUGGGGGCUGCGGGAGGCGGAGAGGGGACGGGGGCCCCAGGGAGACUCCCAACCCAAGCCGCUGCCGGCGCCUCUGUUGCCGGGACUGGGGGGAGCCCGGCAACCCGAGAAGGGCCUGCAGCCCAGACGGGAGAGAGCCAGGGGAGGAGCGGACGGCGUCGCCCCCCAGGGGGCCGGAGCCUAGGGACGCCCUGGGCCCAGGUGGCCAGCAGCCAGCCCCGAGGAAGGGGGGCUGGAUGGCCAGGAGCGGCCAGAUACAAGAGUCAGCUCCCCCAAGGAGUCCUGUGCCCGAGGCCUCUCCCCCACGUGCAGGAGCGGCCCGGGUCUUCGUGGCGCUCUUCGACUACGACCCCGUGUCCAUGUCCCCCAACCCUGAUGCCGGCGAGGAAGAGCUGCCAUUUAAGGAGGGCCAGGUCCUCACGGUCUGGGGGGAAAAAGACGCGGAUGGCUUCUACCGGGGCGAGUGUGGAGGCCGAGCUGGCUACAUCCCCUGCAAUAUGGUGGCUGAGGUGCCAGUCCAGAGUGGCAGCCGGAGAAGGCGACCUCCGGCCCUGGCCUCUGAUCUUUCUGACAGCUUGGCAGAGGCUCUAGAAACUGGAAACGGUCCAUCCUCGUUCUGCCUUGCCGGACCUCCCCCCAAACCUCGCCGCUCCAAAAAAGAGUCGGAAGCCCUGGACCUGGUUCGUUCAGGUGAACUGAAUUCUGGGAUCAUCUAUCUCAUCACCCUGCUCACUGGGGUUGGUCUCCCAUGGGCAGAAAACCCAAGCGCUGGAGACGGUCCUGGAGUCCACAGGAGGAGAGGGGGCACUACCCCUUCCCCUCUACCGGACUCCCAGGCCGGCCCUUGCCCUCCUCAGACCGUGGUGGCUGCUUUCGACUAUAACCCCCAGGAGAGCUCCCCCAACGUGGAUGUGGAGGCCGAGCUAUCAUUCAAAGCUGGGGAUGUCAUAAUGGUGUUUGGGGCCAUGGACGAUGACGGAUUCUACUAUGGCAAGCUGAAUGGGAGGCAGGGCCUGGUCCCAUCCAACUUCCUGGAGGGAGCGGUGGGGCUUGGACAGCCCCAGGAAAGCGUGGCCAUGAAUCAGAGAAUGAGGAAGAGAAGAGUCCAGCGAUGAUCUCCCCAGAGACGGAGCAAGUGUGCUGGGCCACGCUGAGCUGCGCGUUAGGACGAGGGCAGCCAAGCCUCUCCCACUGGGCCAGGCUGGGCCCCGGACGGCUUCUGGGUCGACACCUUCUCUCCGGAAACCAGCUGGGCACGAAGGAAGGAUUCCCCCCCAAAUGAGGGGGCGGGGGUUAACAGCGAGGCUGGGUGAGGUGGCAGGGGGUGGGAGGGGAAGGGUCUCUGGCCCUGAGCGAUCACGUGCUUGGCGGGGGGCGAGGGUGCCUGGCUGCCUGGAAGCAGAUCCGCCUUUCCCUCUGGGACUCCCGGGUAACGAACUCCAGGCUGGAGUGUUUGAGGACAGAGAUGUGGCUUUGAGGACAGAGUUGGAGUGGGGAUCGUGGGACCCCUGCCUUGCUUUGGGCAGCUCACCUCCCUGCCCUUGGUGAGGUAUCUGAGGGUGGCUUUUCCCUCUGCCACUCCCAAAUCCCUCACCCUCCUCACCACAGACUCUCAGGGGUGUUCCCAGGUCUGGGGCUGAACUGGUACCCCCUCCCCUCUUUUCUUGGGACAACAAGCAAUCAGUGGUAUUUAUUGAGCACUUACUUCUGUGCAGAGCACUAUACUGAACUCUUGGGAAAGCACGAUACUAUAGUUAGCAGAUCUAAUCCCUACCCUUAAGGAGUUUGCCACCCAGCAGGUUGUAAUAGUAAAAAAAAGUCUGGUCAGGUCCUGCCUGUCCUUGCUCCUGCCGCCCCUCCCCUUAGCUGCCACACAGAUGAGCAGGGCCAGGGAGCAAGGGGGUGGGAGACAUCGGUCUACUCCCCCCAGAGUUCCCAUCUCUGAACCGGGAGAGCUCAAUGGGACACUGACUGUCUGAUCAUGCCGGACACAGCAACGGUGGAUCCUUUGCCUCAGAACUGAGAUGGAGCUAACGGGGGUCACUGUCUGGGUCUCCCUGGUUGACCAGGGCACUUCUGGCAGUAGAUCUGAGCAGGGUGACAUUAGGCGGAGGGUUGGGGACAGGCCAGCAGGGUUGUCCCGGGGUGACGGGGGGGUGGGGGGGAGAGGGGUAAGCCCCUCCUUUGGUUUGCACCCACUUUCUCUCCCACCUCUCCCUGGCCAGGGAGCAGCAGAGUCCUCUUUCCCCUUCUCUCCAAGGAGAAAGGCUUGAGGAAACUAGGAGCCCAUCUCCUCCUCAGAUCCUUGACCCCAGGGUGGUGCCCCCUCACCACCUCUGCUCACUGGAGCCCCGGGCAGGCGGGGUAGGGAGGGGCUGGGACAGGGCCCUUGCCUCUCUGGGUGUCCGAUGCAUCGAGGCCUGGGUGGCUUUCACACUCCGGCUCUUCCAAGACUCAGCUGGCCAGCUACCACUCCACUUGCCCUCCACCUGACCUCAGCCCACGUCCCCCUUAUCUUUUCCGUCCUGGGGACCCCUUCUCCACUUGCUCUCUCCUCUCUUCCCAACUCUCUAGCAAGAAUUUGCACUGGAUUCUUCCUCCCUCUUUGCCCCAUGGCCUCUCCUCUCCAGGCUGGCCUCCCUUUCGUCUCUCCCAGGCUGGAGGCGGGAGGGGUGCUCCCUGUAUAUAUGUAAAUUCUCAGCCGUGCCUCACUGAGCCACUUUCUGUCUCCAUCUCGCUUCAGCGGGGCUCCGGGUGGCAGAGUCGAUGCCAAAACCUCCCUACUCCCACCCUCUCCCCUCUUGCUCCUCCGCCUCCCACCCAGAAGCCCCCACAGACCUCUCUCACUGCCCCGUCUGGUCCUGGCAGAACUCACUGAAUAGAUAGGGCUGAGCAGCGGGCUGCCAGGGAGGAGGGGAGCUUUGCCUUAGCCUAUUUAUGGAAAAUCUCUUCCUCAAUUACUUUGACUUUUCCCACCAGGAGCCAAGCCUGAGAAUGAGCUGGUGAGGGGUGUGGGAGGGGAGGGGGUUCUGGGCAAACCAGAAUCCCCCAUCCUAGUCCAAGGUUAAGGAGGUGGCCCCCCUGGGGGGAGGGGAGGGCAGAGCAAAGAUUGGUGCAUGCUUCCUUCGGGGGGGGGUUAGGAGGGCAGAACUGGGGAGCACGAACCCCCUGAAGGGAAGGGCCCAGGGAGUUUAUUUAAAAAGACAUUUUAUUAUAAUAAAGUCUAUUUUCACAAAA